AUGGCCGCCGAGGAGGGAGGCGGCGAGCCCCGCGACGACAUGGGCAACCACCUGCAGCUCGUGCCCGCAGAGAGCGAGGAAGAGGAUGACAAUGAAAUGGAAGUUGAAGAUCAAGAUAGUAAAGCUGAAAAACCAAAUAUCAUUAAUUUUGACACCAGCUUGCCAACCUCUCAUGUGUAUUUAGGUUCUGAUAUGGAAGAAUUUCAUGGGAGAACAGUGCACGAUGAUGACAGCUGUCAGGUGAUUCCAGUGCUGCCUCACGUGAUGGUGAUGUUGAUUCCUGGACAGACGUUGCCUCUUCAGCUUUUUCACCCUCAAGAGGUUAGCAUGGUGCGGAAUUUAAUUCAGAAAGACAGAACAUUUGCUGUUCUUGCAUACAGUAAUGCACGUGAGAGGGAAGCACAUUUUGGAACAACAGCAGAAAUAUAUGCAUACCGAGAAGAGCAGGAAUUUGGAAUUGAAACUGUUAAAGUGAAAGCAAUAGGGAGACAAAGGUUCAAGGUGCUUGAAAUCAGACCCCAGUCAGAUGGAAUUCAACAGGCUAAGGUACAAAUCCUUCCUGAACGGGUGCUGCCUUCAACAAUGUCAGCAGUGCAGCUGCAAUCUCUCAACCGAUGCCACAUUUUUCCUUCUUCGAAACCUGCAUCACGGAAGGAUCGAACUAUACAUCAGUGGUGGCAGAAAUAUCAAAAGAGGAAGUUUCACUGUGCAAGUUUGACAUCUUGGCCUCCCUGGCUCUACUCUUUAUAUGAUGCUGAAACCUUGAUGGAAAGAGUCAAGAGGCAGCUACAUGAAUGGGAUGAAAAUCUUAAAGAUGAAUCUCUGCCAACAAACCCAAUAGAUUUUUCUUACAGAGUUGCUGCCUGCCUGCCUAUUGAUGAUGCUUUACGUAUACAGUUGCUUAAAAUAGGUAGUGCUGUUCAAAGACUCCGAUGUGAAUUAGAUAUUAUGAACAAAUGCACAUCUCUCUGUUGUAAGCAAUGCCAAGAUACAGAAAUAACAACCAAGAAUGAAAUAUUCAGCUUGUCCUUGUGCGGCCCCAUGGCCGCCUACGUGAAUCCUCACGGAUACAUCCACGAGACCCUCACCGUGUAUAAAGCCUCCAACCUGAAUCUCAGCGGGCGACCAUCGACAGAGCACAGCUGGUUCCCUGGGUACGCAUGGACUAUAGCCCAGUGCCGGGUCUGCGGGAACCACAUGGGCUGGAAGUUCACGGCUACCAAGAAGGAGAUGUCCCCUCAGAAGUUCUGGGGACUGACGCGCUCGGCCCUCCUGCCCCGCAUCCCAGAAGCAGAGGACGAGUCGGGCCACGAUCGGUCGCCGCUGCUCUGCCUCUAAUCUCCUCACCUGCCCUGAAACCAGCAGGGCCUGUCCCUUACACUCGUCUGCUCAGUUCUGCUUCUGAUGCUUACUUUAAAAAAACAAAAGCCCCGCUCUGACCCCCAGAAAGCAAACAGCCCAGCGUGCAGGCAUCGCUCCGUGCGGGUUCGGGGUGCACACGCAGUGCUGCUGCUGGAGACGUGCUGACGAUUGCAGGUGGAACCUUUACAGAGGCAGCUUGGCAGAGCAGGUCGCGUGAGGCACCGGGAAACGCACCCGGUUUGUCAGGACGGGCUUGACUUGGAGCUUUCUGCUUUCCUGUGUAAUUUCAGAAAGUAUUUGCUGCUGUUGAUCUGCAGUGAAAGGAGGACGGAGAGGGAGGGGAGUUGAAAUUACAGUUAAGGUAUGAUUCAUGCCAUUUCUGGAUGAUGCAAUUUCUUAUGAUGAUAGAGCCCAGUUGUUUGCUGGACUAUUUUCCCACAGUAUCCUUAGUGGUUAUGCAGAGAGGUUAUCCAUUUCUAACUAUGUAUAUGACUUCCAGUUUUAUGUCUGUGCUGAUUCUCAAAUAUUUGCUGAAUGACCAUCAAAGAAACGAAAAGGCGGAAAUCUCUCUUCCAAGGGGUGUGAUCCUAAUGGUGGGAGCAAGAGCUUCCUGCUACCUGCAGCCAGAGCACUUGCAUUGCAAUUCCUUUGGAAGGAAACUCAGAUGAGGUGUCUGGUCCUUGUCACUUGAUGUACUUGGCAUGUUUGCCUUUAGCUAGCUUUAAAUUUUUAAAUAACUUAAACUAAGUACACAGGCUGAUCCCAGUACAUAAGCUAUAGUGUCAUUGCCCAUUAAUGUGUUUACAAUAACUUCUCGAAUGAGUUCUCUAAAGCCUCGUUUGCUGUGUGGAUGCCCGAGGUUAUGUGAAGUCAUCUUGAAUAGCUGACUCUGGACUUCUCACCACUACAUACUUAGGCAAGGUGGAGGCCCUUGCUAUUCUUUUUUUCUUUCAAGCUUUCAUAUCAUAAGGUGAAAUUUUGCAUUGUUACCACGCUCACCUGACAAAAGGCAGAAGUUUCUAAGCAAAGCAGUAGUAAAAGGCAGUGGGCUGAUGGUGUUCUUCCUCCCCCACCCCGAGGUGCUCUUUGUGCUGCAGAAAUGGAUGUCAAAAUGGGGCAGCUUUUGCUGCUGUUUUUCUCCUUCAAAUGUACUGUUAGAAGCUGAAGGCAAAAGAUUUCUGCUGCAUGUGUGUGUGUGUCCAUACAUACUUCCCCCACCCCCUUUUGAUGCUUCUUUGUUCAGUCUGUUUCUUCAAUGUAAGUCUUUGAGAACUCGUGUUGUUGCAGAGAAUGCCACCAAAAUACUUCAGACAUAAACCACUGCUUGCCCCAUCCUUUCACACCCGAGCAUCAUGUGUGCUGUAGCAGGGACAGGUGAAGGCUGGACUCGAGCAUCUCUUAAAAGACAAGUAGGUGAUUUAAAUGGUAAUGUGGUGGCUGUUGCAUUGCAGCUGAAAAAGCUGCAGAUGUGGAAGGCGGCUAGAAAACGAAAGGCUGUUAGGAUGCUUCUCUACAAGGGGUGUAGAAACUAAUGACUGUGCAACUCAGGUUUAGGUCUUUGGAGCCUUCUACCUCUGUGCUUCUGUGAUAACUUGUGUUCGCUCCAUAGGCAUCUUCACCACGUGUUUAGUUUUGCGUGCAGUGCUUGGGCCUCCAGGGAGCUGUGAAGAGCAGUACUUCUUUUAAUACAAUUCUGAACAAGUAGGCGGUGAACGAUGGCUCGUUUUGCUAAAUAAAGCACCCUGUAUUUUGCUUACUUUUUUUCUAAUAAGCUUUCAGAAGACCAAGGUGCUGCGCAGUAGUGUGGAAGAGUGAGAGAGACUGUGAAACUUCGGUAACCACUGAGGCUGGUUGUGGAGCUCCCCCUCACUCCUUGCACACAUUCACGUGCCCACAGACACACGUGGCUUGGUUGUAACUGGGAUUGGUUUUCCCCAAGAUUUAAACACAAGUUCAGUGUACCGCCUCUUGCCAUUCAUCUUACACAUUUGCUGAGGAUAAGGCGAGUGGUUUGAAUGUUUUCUGAGCUGAACCUUAAGGUGUUCUGGCUUUUGGCCAAGUCUCUCAGAUUGCUUUGAUUAAAACUGAUGUUAUGCUGACAAUGUUUGAACACAAAAUAGGCAUAUUUUUGUUACUGUGUAAAUAUAGUCAAAUGUAAACUAAUAUAAUCAAGUGAGGUAAGUCAGAAGUAAAUUUAACGCUUACUUAACUUCCUUGUUGAUGAUGCUUUUCC